CCUGUUUGUAAGUGUUAAGUAAGUUCUGAUCGCAGAGCCAGUGCCUUAACGUCUACGACUGCAUGCAUGAGCAUUGCACGACAGGUCCUGAACUGCUCCAGGUUUACAUGUCGAUCAGCUCACGUAACCUGCAGAAAGACAUUUACUACUUCACAGCACGUAAUGAUGUCACGGCACACACAUGCCAAAAGAAUUGAAGGACUGGACAAGAACGUCUGGGUGGCUUUCACGGCACUGGCAGCCGACCCAUCUGUUGUUAACCUGGGCCAGGGCUUUCCAGACAUUCCUCCACCUUCUUAUGUCAAGGAAGCGCUAGCGAAGGCCGCAUCAGUUGACAGGAUGAACCAGUACACCAGAGGCUUUGGGCAUCCAUCAUUGGUGAAGGCCCUCUCUCAGGUGUAUGGGAAGGCCUAUGGACGUCAGAUUGAUCCCUUAAAAGAAAUUCUGGUCACGGUUGGUGGUUAUGGUUCCUUAUUUAGCGCCAUCCAAGCUCUAGUGGAAGAAGGGGAUGAGGUCAUCAUUAUUGAACCUUUCUUUGAUUGUUAUGUACCUAUGGUUCGUAUGGCCGGGGGCAAGCCUGUGUUGAUACCGCUAAGACUUAAGUCUGGAAAGAAGACGAUCACAAGCGCUGACUGGUUUCUGGACCCAGAUGAGCUCGCAGGUAAAUUCAACUCUAAGACAAAGGCCAUCAUCAUCAACACUCCCAACAAUCCCAUUGGAAAGGUUUUUACCAAAGACGAGUUGCAGAUGAUCGCAGACCUCUGCAUUAAACAUGACACUCUGUGCUUCAGUGAUGAGGUUUAUGAGUGGCUCGUCUACAGGGGACACCAGCAUGUCAAAAUUGCAACUCUGCCUGGAAUGUGGGAUAGAACUGUUACUAUUGGCAGUGCAGGAAAGACGUUUAGUGUGACUGGAUGGAAGCUUGGUUGGUCUAUUGGACCUGAGCACUUGAUGAAGCAUCUUCAGACAGUCAUGCAGAAUUCCCUGUACACCUGUCCCACACCUCUGCAGGAGGCAGUGGCACAAGGUUUACUCCUAAACUAUGAGCUGAUGGAUCAGCCUGAGUGUUAUUUCACUUCACUGGCAGAUGAACUUGAAGGAAAGAGGGACCGCCUGGCUGCCAUUGUGGAGGAGGCUGGCAUGACUCCCGUAAUCCCAGAGGGAGGCUACUUCAUGCUCGUGGAUGUCACAGCUCUUAAUCAGGACCUUUCACAUAUGGAUGAGGAUGAAGCCUAUGACUACAAGUUUGUGAAGUGGAUGAUUAAAGAAAAGAAACUAGCAGCCAUUCCAGUUACUGCAUUUGUUGGAGAAGAGUCUACGAAAGACUUUGAGAAAUAUAUUCGCCUUUGCUUCAUUAAGCAAGAUAGUACUCUCGACGCAGCGCGGAGUAUCUUGAAGAGCUGGACGAAGGUUUAACGGGAGGUGCUUCGGAAGACUUAAACUCUACACUAACUGGAAAUUAGUCAAAUGUAUUAGAAGAGUUGAAUAUAGAGUACAUAAUUUGAACUGUACAGUGUGUUAGGAGAAAGGAAACCCAAAUAUUGAAUAGAUGAAAAAACCCUAGUCAGUCAUUCUGUUUUUGGCUGUUAUUUGUUGAGGGUUAAAUCUUGAAACACAACAGAACAGGAAGAAAGAAUCUGCUGUAACUGUGCCUUUUCUGUGUCCUUUCCACUAAAGUCUUUCCACUAAAACUA